UUCAUUGAAUUGAAUUUUCAUGAGAAGAAGUUGGGGAAGUAGAGGAAGAAGAAACAGGGUAGGGAUGUGAAAUGCACCCAAAUACAACCCACCCGACCAUGGCACUCCCGUGAGAAGGACAACAAAAAAGAGGGGUCCAAAAGGGCAAAAAAGAAUGCUUCCCCUUAUCCUACGCACCCAUUUCCUCCCUUAUCGUACACCCACCUCCCAGUCCACUUCCCCUAGUCUCCUCAAUUUCUGAGGGGACCCUACACUGCAAUUUGCUGGUAACCACCCUCUAGUGAUGACCGUUAUUGCGCGUUCUAGUCCUGACCGGAUUUUUCUGUAACGCACACCACCAGAUGCAUCCCCACUCUCUAGCCUCUUUACCAUGGCGUGAUCUGCUUGGAUUUGGGCAUUCGUUGAUGAAAAAUCAAUACCCAUUUACAUUGGUGUGUUUUAAUUCUCAAAUUCAUUCCCAAAUCAGAUCUGGAUUUGUAGCAGAGAAAAGGAUCUUCUUUUUGAGCCAUUGGUGCCUUCCCAUUACAUGUGGGAUAUGUGAAAGCCUGGCAAUGAGUUUUGUUAGAUGAAAAAAACUAUCAAUGUGGUCUAAUUUGAAUGGUGUGGAUGGAUGUAUGUGAAGCAGAGAAAGCAUUACAGAAGCACACAGCAGUGGAGACCUCAAGACGGCCAUUGGUUCCGGCUGAAAAGUGCAAUGGCGUCACCCGCCGGCCAAAAACGAAAGAAGUUAGUUCUCGGUAUAAAUCACCUACUCCUCCAUCCACACCCUCUGGUCCUAGGCGGUGCGGUUCUCCAAACCUCACAAGAACAGUCCCUGUACCCCCCCAAUUGGUGUCAAAGAGAGCCCAAUCUGCUGACAGGAAGCGCCCCCCUACACCACCUUCACCUCCCAGUCCAUCCACACCUGCCCGAGAUUUAACCACAGACAUGCAUUUCUCAUCCAGAAGAAUGAUGAGUGGCCGGUUGCAGGAGAGUUUAUGGCCUUCCACAAUGCGGAGUCUUAGUGUUUCUUUUCAGUCAGAUGCCUUUUCCCUUCCCAUUGGUAAACGAGAAAAACCACCACCGGUUACUCAUGCUGCUUAUGACCGAACUUUGAAGCCAUCUUCAAAUGUAGCACAUAAGCCCGUCGAAACGCCUGCAGGUUCACGAAAGCCUACUCCAGAGAGGAAGAGGAGUCCUCUUAAGGGGAAAAAUGGGUCUGAUCAAUCAGAGAAUUCAAAACCAGUUGAAGGUUUACAUGCUCGCUUGAUAGAUCAGCACCGAUGGCCUAGUAGAACAGGUGGAAAGGCAUCUUCCAAUUCUCUAUCUAAAAGCAUGGAUCUGAGUGAUAAAACCAUUAAAACACUACCAUAUUCGGGAAUUGGGGUUUCUAUGCUAAGAAGAAUGCCCAUGUCUGAUGGUGUAAAUAAACCUUUAACAAGGUCUGCUAGUGAUGCGGUGAGACAAUUAUUAUCAUUUGAUGAAAGUGGAAGAGCAGGUUCUGAGGCAAAUUCCAUUGAUGAUAAUCCACUGCGGGUGCCUGGACAAAACAAGCUUGUUUCUUUGAGUUCUUCUGACAGAACGGCAGCAACAAGUCUUGCAGUGAGAUCUCAGUCUUUGCCUAUCCCUGGAUCACGUCCUGCAUCACCAAAUAAGACCUCGGCAUUAUCAUCCUCCAUUUCUAGAGGUAUGGUCAGUCCAUCUCGGACAAGGCCAUCUACCCCUACAAGGCCAUCUACUCCUACAAGGCCAUCUACCCCUACUAGGUCAUCUACCCCUACUUCAUCUAGAAGCAUCACCAGUCCAUCUCGAAUAAGGCCAUCCAGUCCUUCUCGUCAAUCCAACAGUUCAACUUCUGUUCUCAGUUUUAUUGCGGAUUUUAGAAAAGGAAAGAAGGGUGCUAACCACAUUGAAGAUGCUCAUCAGCUACGGCUACUAUACAAUAGGAAUUUGCAAUGGCGAUAUGCUAAUGCCAGGGCAGAAGAUGCACUCUAUAUUCAGAAAGACACGGCAGAGAAAACUCUAUACUAUGUAUGGAGCACUACUCUAGAGAUGUGGGUUUCGGUAAUAGCAAAAAGGAUCAAACUCCAACAACUGAGGCUUGAGCUGAAGCUGAACUCAAUUUUGAAUAAUCAAAUGGCCUACCUUGAUGACUGGGCAUUGAUUGAAAGAGAUCAUUCUAAUUCCUUAUCUGGGGCAAUUGAAGAUUUAGAAGCAAGCACUCUCCGUUUGCCAGUUACUGGAGGUGCAAGGGCAGAUAUCGAAACUGUGAAGCUUGCAAUCUGCUCAGCUGUUGAUGUGAUGCAGGCAAUGGGAUCCUCCAUAUGUGCUUUACUCUCAAGGGUGGAGGAAAUGAACUGUCUGGUUUCUGAACUUGCUGAUGUAGCAGCACAGGAGAGAGCAAAACUUGAUGAGUGUGAAGCUCUAUUGGCUUCAACAGCAGCUAUGCAGGUAGAAGAAUACAGCCUUAGGACCCAUCUCACUCAAUUGAAACAAACCUUGGAGGAGGGCGAACACAGAAUCUUGGCAAUGAGAAUGCCUCCAUGACCUUGCAACCCAUCCGGACGCUAAGCUAACCGUUUCCUUCUUUGCCUCUUCGACAGAGACAAAUAUGACACUGCCGACACUGCCUGCCCGGGUCUCAAUGAUUGUAAAUUUGAUUUGAUUUUAUUUCUUCCUUUUUUUCUCAACUGUGGUGGGAAUUUUAUCAUAUUUCAUUCCAUUUUUUCCUUUGUUUCUUGGGCAAAUAGAGCUUUUGGCUCCAUCAUUUUCUACGUGUAAUUUUAUAUCAUAUCACUUAAAUUAAAAGAAAAUUGAAAGGAAGCAAAAGAUUGAAAUUCAAUAUAGAAUCAAACUUGUAUGGGUGGAAACACCAGUCAUGUCUUAUAGACUAAA